UUUUUUUUUUUUUUUUCUUUCCUGUACCGUAUGUUGAGAGUGACCGGCUGUCUCCCGCGGUGACGGCGGCACCGCUGGACGCGCAUCUGGAGCAGCUGGGAUCCCGUCUUCAGCACCUGGACAGCUCCCCCCCGGCCGCGGACCUCCUCUCCUCCUUAUUAUUAUCGGGCACAUGGAGUCCCUGAUGUGAUUGUGGGGGAAGCCCUGCGAGCACAUGACGCCUCCCCUCCGAAGAUGUCGUUAUCAGCCUGAUCCGGUGACAGGCUCGUCUCCUCCGCCGGAGGAUGCUGCUCUCGGUCCGGAGUAGGUGUUUUCGACGUGCGCUGUCUUCCGAGGGGCGACACGGGGGCUCGGCCGACGCCAAUCUAAGGGUGUGGUAGGAGCCAGAUCUCUUCAGUGGUGAAAUCACUUUUCACACUUGGGAUCAUUUAGCGCGGACGUCUAUUUGCAGAAACAAGAUCUCAACAUGAGCAAGACCCAGGCUCCUCCUCAGGCUGGAGCCUCGGAGCUGGAGGUGAUAUCCCAACAGGUCGAGGAGGACAACCAGUGCGUGGCCCCCGUCCAGCUGGUCAGCUUCGCUUACAGGGACUUGCCUCUGGCGGCUCUGGACAUAUCUCUCGCUGGAUCUCAGCUCAUCUCCAACCCUGAUGAAGAGGACAAUAGGGAUGGGUCAAACUGGCUGAAGCCGUGCUGCGGCCGGAGGGCAGCGCUGUGGCAGGUGUGUCUGCUGUCCGCGGGCUUCAACUGUUUCCUGGUGGCCUGUGUCAUCCUGGUGGUGGUGCUGCUGAUGCUGGAGCUGCUCAUCGACACCAAGCUGCUGCAGUUCAAUAAUGCAUUCCAGUUUGCCAGCAUCAUCCACUGGAUCAGCCUGGCCAUCCUCUCCGUGUUCUUCACCGAGACGGUGUUCAGGAUCGUGGUGUUGGGGAUAUGGGAUUACAUAGAGAACAAAGUCGAGGUGUUUGAUGGAGCUGUCAUCGUACUCUCUCUGGCCCCCAUGGUGGCCUCCACAGUGGCCAACGGGCCCAGCAGCCCCUGGGACGCUAUCGGCCUCAUCAUCACACUGCGCAUCUGGAGGGUCAAGAGGAUCAUUGACGCUUAUGUGCUACAGGUGAAGGUGGAAAUGGAGCUGGAGAUCCAGCAGUACGAGAAGGCCAAGGCAGUGAGGGAGGAACAGCUUGAUCGCCUCACUCAGAUCUGCCAGGAACAGGCCUUUGAAAUCCGGCAGCUGAGGGCCCACCUGGCCCAGCAGGACCUGGAUCUGGUGGCGGAGCGUGAAGCGGCCAUGCAGAUCCACCACAUGUGGGGUAAACAGAGCAGCAGCUUCCAGGAGGUGGACGGGCUGGCCCCCGGGGCCUCCGAGCAUCUCAGGCCGGUCAAAGCCAGAGAGCCUGGGGGGGCCGCAGAUCACCACGGUCAAGACGACAUGAACAACUACAUCAGUCAGUACUACAGCGAGCCGAGCAGCGACACGGGGAUCCCGGACCCGGCCCGCGUCAUCACCACAGCUGCCAUAGACGUGCACCUACCCAACAACCCCAGCCAGCUCCCGUCCUCCCUGGUGAGCGCGGACGCGGCGCCGUCCAGUCGCCUGCAGCGCACGGGCAGCUCGGUCAGCGAGGCCUCCUCCACCACGGUGUCCCGCACCAGCUUCAGCGCCCGCCAGCACAGCAUCAGCAGCCACACGCUGGGCUCCUCCAUGGACUGCAGCUCCACGGUGCGCGAGGCCUCCACCUCCACGGACUACAGCGACCAGCGCUGCUACCCUCCGCCCUACAGCAGCCCGCUGGCGCUGGGCACCCAGCCGAGGGGCAGCCCCAGCGCCGUGGUGCAGGAGCUGCUCUCCUCCCUCACCGAGGACUCGUGCCUGACGCAGAAGGGCCUGGACCCCGUCAACCUCAAACCGCCCAGCCCCACGGGCUCCACCAAGAACAGCCCCGAGCUGGAGCACAGGGUCAACAUCUACAACAAGAGGAACCAGGAGAGCCGGCUGGGGCUCCACUCCAAGGCCGUCAUCCACCUACAGACCAACGAGCCUCUCCUGGAGGAGAAGUACCGGAUGAUGGCGCCGGUGGACUCCGCAGUCAACCGCCUUUCAGAGACAUAGGACUCCGAAACACUUCUG